GCGGGGCCCGCGGGUCUCCAGGACGCUCUGCGCGACUGGCGGAGUCUAUGACGCUAAUCCUGCGCCCGGCGUUUUGCGACCGCCCCAUACGCGUGCUACUCGCGGCUCUCCCGCUGACAGCCUGCUCUACGUCUCGGUUCUCUCCGCCCCGGAAGCUCGCACGCGUGGAGGAGCUUUGAGAGGACACCGGCGCGUGCGCGCGGGCACGGAAAGCCGAGGGCGGCGCGCGUAGAGGCUGCUGCUGCCUCGGCGCCCAGGUGAGCCGCGCGCACGCGCGCCAGAGGCUCCUUUAGCCCCAGCAGCGCGCGCGCCCGCCCCGCCCGCUUCCCCGCCGUUCGGGAUCCGUUUCCCGUCUCCGGAGCGCCGGCUGCGGCGAGCACGCAAGAUAUAUUUUUGCCAUCAUGGAUCGGUUUGGAGAUAUAUCAGAAGGUGAAGUGGACCAUUCUUUUUUUGACAGUGACUUUGAAGAAACAAAGAAAUGUAAUAAUAACUCAGUUUUUGACAAGCAAAGUAAUGGACCUAAAGAAAGGAUAGAUAGAGAAAACUUGAAAUUUGGAAUCCAAAGAAAGCCUAAUUAUCUUACCGAGAAGGGAAAUGAAAGAAAAGAGAAAAUUCCUCCAAAAGAACAUUCUGUAGAAAAUACUAACACACCAACCAGAAAUUCUUUGCCAUUGACCACUUCUUCAAAAUCCAAAAAAUUUUAUGAUGUUAAAACAGGACAUAAGGUACACUUGCCCGUUCCAAACAGAAUUCCCCAAAAUGUAAAAGGUGAAGAUGAUUACUAUACAGAUGGAGAGGAAAGCAGCGAUGAUGGGGGAAAGCAGCAUGCUAGGUCCAAGUCAGCUAGACCACCUAAUAACUUGAAAAAAGGCACAAGUACAAAGUAUUCUAAAACUAGUUCCUCUUCAUCUUCUUCCUCAUUGUCUCCCUCAUCUUCAAGCUCAAGCAUAGAUGGUUCAGACGCAGGGUCAGAUAUUUACAUAUCUGAAUUAUCUCUCUCAUCAAAGAAGCGUGUUUCUGGUGUAACCCACUUAUUACCAAAACAAAAAUAUAAAUCAGCAAUGAAAAAAUCAACACGAACAGGUACUAAACCAAAAGUUGGUAUCUACACUGAGGAAUCUGAAGAUACCGUGACAGAUGUAACUCCUUUAUCAACUCCAGAUAUCAGCCCAAUGCAGUCAUUUGAACUGGGUGUAGCAAAUGAUCAAAAAGUGAAAGUCAAAAGGCAAGAAAAUGUGAGUCAUGAAGUAUAUGGGAGUGUUGAAGAUUUAAAAAAUAAUUCAAAACCUUUGAAAUCAGCCACGAAGGGGAAAGAAAAGCAUGCGCCCAAUCUCACGCCAAAGUCUUCAGUAUUAGAUCCCAGUGUAGACAACAAAUACAAACAGAAAGUCUUCCAUGAUACAAUGGAUCUGAAUCAUCUUUUGAAAGCUUUUCUGCAACUAGAUAAAAAGGGACCACAAAAACUUCACUUUGAUCAGCCUUCAGUAGUACCUAGAAAAAACUACUCUUUCACAAGAGAGGAGGUGAGGCAGAUUGAUCGGGAAAAUCAGAGGCUUUUGAAAGAACUGUCAAGACAGGCUGAAAAACCAGGACCCAAAACUGCAAUUCCUAGAAGAUCUGUUGGUCCUCCCCCUAAGUUAUAUCACAGUGCUCUCAACAGACAGAGGGAGCAACAAAGGAUUGAAAGAGAAAAUUUGGCUUUACUGAAAAGACUUGAAGCUGUGAAACCAACAGUUGGUAUGAAACGUUCAGAACAGCUGAUGGACUAUCAUCGAAAUAUGGGUUACCUCAGCUCAUCGCCAGUCCCAAGACGUGUGAGAUCCACUCUUGGCCAAUAUAGUCCAUUAAGAGGAGCCUCCAGGACAUCCAGCGCUACCAGUGGUCUCAGCUGUAAGAGUGAGCGGCUGGUUUUUGACACAUCCAAUGGCUUGUUGCUAAGACCUAAACCUCCUAAUGUCCGCACAGCUUGGCUAUAAAAGCUUUUUUUUUUUUUUUUUUUUUUUACUUUAUCCAUUGUUCACUUCUUAUGGAAGUCUUCUUGUAUAUUACUAUAAUUCUCUGUUUAGACAUCUACAGCGUUGUUUUUAGCAACUUAAAGUACACAGCAGUGAAUUUUAAUUUACUGUGACUCAAUGAAAAAUGUUUUCAGAAAGACAUUUUGAUGUAAAAUCAGUGUUUCCUAUGAGGAUGUAUUUAUGUGAGAUGUUUAUGUAUUUAAUAGAGAAAUGGUAGUAUGCAUGUAUAUUUUCUCAACAUAGAAACGAUUCAUCUGUUACUCUGACAAAACAGUGUGAUCGUACUAUUACAUGUUGGGCCCAAGAUGUUAUCUAUAUAGUUCUUAUUUUAUACUUUUAAUUUUCACUUCUUGAAAGUUUUGAACCAUGAGUGUAGCUCCUAAAUUUUACUUAUUUUGUUUACUAUUUGCCUCAGAACUUAGAUGGUGUAACACAUAACUUGAUUGUUCAUUACUUCACUUGAAAACAAAUCGUGAAAUUUGUUUUCAUUUAUAGAACUGAUACUGAUUUGGAGAAAAUCGUACUGGGGCAAACUUGAUGAUUCACCAGAGGUAUCUACUACCUCUGUAGAAGUGUGCUGAAUUAGAUCUUUAAAAAAUUGAUCAGUUACUCCAUAUUGUUUGUGACUGUGAGUCUUAGAAACUGCAACCUAGAGACUCCUUUUCUGCGUUCUUAAACAUCAAGGUGAAAAACUAUUUAAUGAGCUUGAGAAACAAGGCAGGCAUUAAAGCAGUAGUCUACUGCAUUGUGAAUAGUUUUUCCGAGGGUCAGAUGGUCAUAAGCAAAAACAAGUUAUUGAAUGAGAAAAAUAGUAUCACCUGCUUGAAGAACCAAGAAGACAGAUUGAGUUGUAUCACAUCAGUGUUUCAAGUGGUACGUUAGUAAACUGUGAUGUUUAGUAUUUGUUGUAUUAAGAGAGAAGAUAAAUAAGAACUACAUUGCCUCUAUAACUUUAGAAAUUCUAGCUAGUUCAUGUUUUUAAAAGCUGAAAAAGAAGACUUAAUAUAUGAUUGAUAGAGGUAAUAAAUCAUUUAUUUGUUGUGGCUGCUGCUUUAAAUGACACUAAUCUUCGUGGUUUGGGCUUUUGGGUUGAAUCCUGGAAGUAUAUCAUUUUUGCCACUUCCACUGUUAAAGACUGUAUUUUUAAUGGAAUUAGUAAUGCCAAGUAAGGCAUAAUAUAAAUCACUUUUGAAAUUAAAAUGUUUUUCUAUUAACCUACAGACCAUCUCUUAUACAACAAAGUAUAUCUUAGUCAUGAUUGUUUUAGCUUGUUUUCACUGUUGCCUUUUUGAAUUUAUCUUAGGAUAUGUUGGAAAGUUUCCAUGUCAAGUUCCAAAUCUUUUUUUUUUUUUUUAAACAAAUUUUCGACCUGUAGCUAGAAAAUAUUUGUUUAGUUUUCUCUUAGCUCAAUACCUGUGGCAAAUAUGUUGAGCUUACUUUUUAGCCAGGCUUUUUUCUAAAUAUAAAGAUAAAUAUAAACUGAUAAAUUUUUAAAUUUUGGCUUGUGAAGCAUGGGAACAGUAUAGUUAAAAGUAAAUAUGCACACAACCUGACUGAGAUACUUUUUGCCUCAUUCUUUGGGUAUCAUGGUUAUCUAAUGUUACUUGACACUGUCUUCUAGUAAACAAGUUUUUACAUCAUACAAAUGUUCUGCUCUAUGUAUAACUUCAGUUAUACUAAAUGAAGGUUUUUUUUUUUUCUAAAUUACUGCACUUUUAAUAUUUGUAUAACAGCUUAUCUUAAAGAGAUGAUAUAAGACUGAGUUUAGAAAUCAGCAUUUGGAUAUCUUCACAAUAGGGAGUUAGGCAAUUUUUAAAUUUUUGAUUAAUUUGUUAGGGAAAAAUGUAUGUGAAACCUUGUAUGUUCACAAUGACACACCUCUGACCACAUUCUUUAUGGUUUUUGCUGCCACAUAUUAGGAUACAGUAUAUAAUUUCAAGAAAAUGCGCUACUUUGAUUUUAAAUAUUAAUUUAAUAUCUUUAGUUUCUACUACUUUGGGGUGGAAAUACCUCUGUAUUGCUAAUAACAGGGAUUCAACUUCAAGUAAAAGUGAAGAAGAGCAAGAUAUUUAUCUUUUCAGUUAAAUAUGUACAGUUCUAUUAUCGUGAUAAAUAAAAUAGAACUGAAGUUGGAAAAUGUAUUCUGUGAUGUAAGUUAAGGUACUUUGAAGUUGUUAUGGCUUAAGGGGCAUUUUUAUAAAGGAGUCCUAAAUAUACUAUUUUUAUUUGUAAGAACAGAAAGUGAAGAAUAACUUCAUAUUUGCUUCACUUUUGCCUAGUAUGUGUGCAUGUGUGUAUAUAUAUAUGUAUUCUUGGAAGGUUUACAUCUGUAGUUAGAAAUUUUACCAAUCCAAGGUCUAGAAUUUAUUAAGUAAGAUUCUUACUGAGGGUUAUUCUCAUCUUUGCCAGAUGUUAAACCUAUGUUGCCUUGUUGUUUAAUAAUAUUCUGUGAAAGAUUUUGCACUAUUGAAAUGCUUUAUACUUAUCAAUAUCAAUUUCAUCACCACUUUGCCCAUGCACAUGUGUGCGCACGCAUGCACACACAAAUACACACAUACACAAAGGCUGAUUCUUAGCUACCAUUUCAAAUGAAAUUUUUCCAGUUUUCUUGUGCAUGUAGUUGUUUUCAAUCCAUUAAAUCAAAUGGAACCUAACAACUUUUAAAAGGUCAUUGUGAUGAUAGGAUUUUGUACUUCUCAUUUUUCAGAUACAAAUACAGCACACUGCUGAGAGUAUUAUGACCAAUAUAAAGUUGGAGACAAAUUUUUACUUUUUUAAUAAUUAAAUUCUUGAAACAUUUGAUACCUUAAAUGCCAUAAUCUUAAGUUAUUAACUAUUGUAUACCACCUUAGAAAAUGUAUUUAAUACUUGUGGCUAUUUCUUUGAAUAAAGAUUAAUAAGAAACAUGAAAAA